AUGAAUACAGUCAAUAUCGAUACUCUGAUAUCAUAGUAAGAAAGAUUGGCAGGAAGUAACUAGGACGCAGAUGAGAAUCGUGAAAAUAUGAUAGAGAAAGACUAUCUGAUCAAGAGGCAGAGACUACUGGCUGACCAAUACAGACUAUUGUCUCAUUUAUGCUUCAAGGCUUGCAGCUAGACCUACUCUGUUAGUAAAGAGAUAAUCGCAAUAACCGAUUUGAACCCUCAAGAAGAAAAUUGCCUAGGUAGAUGUUCUCUGAAAUCGCAUAAGAUCAAUUAGUUGAUAGAAAGACAUAUAGACGAUAGCUUUACGCCUCAGUUCUUCAGCAAAUUCAUCGCAUGA